AUGUCGGGGCGAACUCCAUCAAUUGCCUGUAUCGGCGUCAUAGGCCGCCAUAAUAAUCCUCUUCACAUAUCUCUGUUUCCACCAGAAGAGCGGGCCCCCCUAGAAUUUCAAUUCUUACUUUCAUCAUGCCUCGAUAUCUUUGAAGCCAGACUGCCACACAAAACGGUAGAUCAGGACUUUGGACUCCUUCAGGCAGUGGAUGAGCGGUUAGCCAUGUAUGGAUGGUUGACCAACACGGGGGUAAAAUUCGUGAUCGUGGUGGAUAUGGAAGGUCGCCCCAGCAAUCCCCUUGAUACCAAAGCCUCAUCUGCUAUUGGGUUGCGGGAUGCAGAUCUCAAACCGGCUUUCAGAGCGUUGCAGACAGCGUACAUCAUGCUACUGCGGAACCCUUUUUAUAACCCGGACGAGCACUCACCUGUAACAGCAAAGGCAGAGCAAAGGGCUGGAUCGACGCAAAUCACGAGCCGAAAUUUCAUCAAAGAGGUCAAGAGGAUAGGAGAUGCGUGGGCACCUGGAGUUGUCAAUGUCUAA